AUGGCUAGUCCUCCCGUUCUAGCUUUCGAUGCCGAGGGCCGUCCGGUGAAGUUCGAAACCUGGCUAGAUGACCUGCACCUGUUCCUACAGCUCACUGCCAAGGAAGAUAUCUCACUGUACGACCACGCCCUAGGCCAUGCCACUGCCCCUGACUCGACUGCUGACAGCACUCUGCGUUCCCAGUGGCAGACCCGUGAUGCGCAUGCUCGCUUUGCUAUUCGCAACUCCCUGCCGCUAGACGAGCGCGAGCACUUCGGCCAGUGCAAGACUGCUAAGGACCUCUACACGGCUGUAGUGGCCCGCUACUCCUCACCCGCUUCUGCCACGCUAGGCCGCCUCACUCUCCCCUACCUGUUCCCCGACCUAGCCUCCUUUCACACUGUCGCAGACCUCAUCACCCACCUUAAGACUAGUGAGGCCCGCUUUCGCGCUGCUAUGCCUGCCGAGUUUCUCACUAGCAACCCCCCCCCACUCUGGAUCACUCUCUACCACAUCGUCACCCGCCUCCCUGACUCUCUGCGCGCAGUCAGGGACCACUUCCUCUCUCGCUCCCCCACUAAGCUCACCAUUGCCCUCCUCGAGAAGGAACUGCUUGCAGCUGAGGCGAGCAUCGUCGCUGUAGGCACCUCUCGUGGCGACCCCCGCACCCCGUUCUUUGAGGGGUGUUCCCCUUCCCCCCUCCUCCCCUCUGUCGCCUCUGCUGCUGCUGUCGACCUUCUUGGUGCUGAGAAGGUCGGGACCGCGUCUGCUUCGAGCGGGCGCCGCAGGAACAAGGGGGGCAGGGGUGGGGGUGGCGGCGGAGGAGGUGGGGGUGGAGGCGGUGGGAGUGGAGGCGCGGCUGGGGAGACUAGUGGCGGCAGUGGGGGAGGAGACAGCAGCGGUGGGAGUGGUGGUGGAGGCGGCAGCGGAGGCGGAGGUGGUCGUGGCGGCGGCAGGGGUGGAGGUGGCCGGGGCGGCGGCGGUGGGGGUGGUGGUCGUGGAGGCACUGGCGGAGGGCAGAGUCAGCAGCCCGCCCCGACGCUUCAGGCCGCCCGUGAGUGGUAUGCGCAGCGUAGCUUUACCUGCACGUACGUCAUUCGCACAGGUGACCGCAGCGGCCAGCAGUGUGGGAGGCCGCACCCUACGCAGCGCUGCUUCGCGCGCCUUAACGACGCGUGGCGCACUCAGUUUCCUGCUGCCACUGAGCUGCCGCGCUGGGCUGAUCUGGAAAAGAGGGGUGUUGAUAUUUGGGCUUUAGACUUUGAUGCUAUUCUCACUGCCAUGUAUGCGAUGUCUAUUAGUGGAGAGGGUACUCAGUACUUGCGUGUUCCGCCCGACCCGGGCAUUCAGGCCAGUCCGGCUGCCGCUCUAGGUGCUAGUGCGUCUGCUCCCACAGGUCCUGGUGAGGCUGCAGCCCUAGGUGCUCGUGCGUCCGUGCCCCCUGGUACUGAGUCGACUGCAGCACUGCACACCUUCACACUGGACUCAGGUGCUUCUCGCUCCUUCUUUCGUGACCGCACUGUCCUUGAGCCACUUGCUCGGCCAGUUGCUGUCUCCCUUGCUGACCCCUCUGGGGGUCCGGUCAUUGCGACCUCCUCCACUGUCCUUCCUUGUCCGGCGGUCCCGUCCGGCACGCUGUCAGGUCUCUACCUCCCCUCGUUCUCUACGAACUUGGUGGCAGGUAGUGCGCUCCAGGACGGGGGUGUCCACCAGUUCACCCCUGCCUACGAGCGCGUGACACACUGCACGUAUGCUCGGACGGGUCGCCACCUGGCUACCUUCACUCGGGAGCCGGGGUCGGACCUUUACACACUGACCACUAAGUCCCCUCAGGUAGCUGCGUCCGCGUCUGCGUCUGCGUCAGGUCAGCUGUCCGCCCCCUGCUCGUGUCGCUCUCUGGCGCAUGAGACUGUCCUUUGGCACCACCGCCUUGGUCACCCGUCUGUGCAGGGACUUCGGGCCAUGCACAAACGGGACCUUGUUGCUGGUCUUCCCAGGGUACUCCCUCCCCUUCCAGACUCGCCUGCUCCUCCCUGUAUUCCCUGUGUCGAGGGGCGGCAGCGCGCCGCUCCUCACUCCUCCUCCUUUCCCCCGACGACUGCUCCUUUGCAGACGCUCCACUUGGACGUGUGGGGCCCAGCCCGCGUCCGUGGCCAGGGUCAGGAGAGGUACUUCCUGAUUGUUGUUGACGACUUCUCGCGCUUCACCACGGUCUUCCCCUUGCGCGCCAAGGGUGACGUCCCUGAUGUAUUGAUCCCCUGGAUCCGCAGAUCUCGUCUCCAGCUCCGUGAGCGUUUCCGCUCCGACUUCCCUGUCCUGCGUCUGCACUCUGACAGAGGUGGGGAGUUUUCCUCUGGCCUCUUGGAGACCUUCUGUCAGCAGGAGGGCAUUGAGCAGUCGUACACGCUUCCGGCCUCUCCACAGCAGAAUGGGGUUGCUGAGCGCCGCAUUGGUCUGGUCAUGGAGGUCGCUCGUACCUCCUUGAGCCAUGCGGCUGCCCCCCAUUUUCUGUGGCCGUUUGCAGUCCGAUACGCUGCGCAUCAGCUCAACCUCUGGCCCCGUGUCUCCUUGCCCGAGACCUCGCCGACACUGCGUUGGACGGGAGAGGCUGGCGAUGCGUCGCGUUUUCGGGUCUGGGGAUCCCGAGCUUUUGUCCGCGACACGUCCGCGGACAAGCUCUCCCGUCGCGCUGUCCCCUGCGUCUUCCUUGGCUUUGUCCCGGACACCCCUGGCUGGCAGUUCUACCACCCCACCUCGCGUCGUGUCCUGGCCUCUCAGGACGUCACUUUUGACGAGUCCGUCCCCUACUACCGCCUCUUCCCCUACCGCACUGCCCCGCUCCCCCCCCCGCCUCUCUUCCUCGCUCCAGGUGCUGAGGUACCAGACCCCCUCCCCCCUCAGGGUGCCGCUCCCUCAGGUGUGUCCCAGGUAGACCCGGGUGAGCCUGUCGAGGUAGCUGUUGACUCUCGUCCUGCUAGGGGUGCUGAGCCUGGGGGUGCUGCGUCUGGGGGUGCUGAGCCCGGGGGUGCUGCGUCUGGGGGUGCUGAGCCUGGGAGUGCUGAGUCUGGGGGUGCGGAGCCUGGGGGUGCUGAGCCAGGAGGUGAAGAGCCUGGAGGUGCGGAGCCUGGAGGUGCUGAGCCUGGGGGUGCUGAGUCUGGGGGUGCUGAGCCUGAGCGUGCUACGCCUGGAGGAGCCCUCUCCUCCCAGCAGCUGCAGGAGAGGUACCUCGAGUACUGCCGCCUCCGGAGAGGUGCUGCUGGAGCUCGUCCCGGUACUUCCCCUCCUACCCAGGAGCUCCCCCCCAUUCAGCAGAUCCGCGAGUGGUACACACGGCGCUGCAGUCUUCGGAGUGGUGCUCCUGGUGCUGCGGACCCUCGGGGUGGCGCUGCUGCUGGUGCUGAGGACCCGGCCGUUGGAGCUGCUGCUGGUGCUGCGGACCCGCCUGGUGGAGCUGCUGCUGGUGCUGAGGACUCGGACGGUGGAGCUGCUACUGGAGCUGAGGACCCGAGCGGUGGCGCUGCUGCUGCUGCUGAGGACCCGGGCGUUGGAGCUACUACUGGUGCUGAGGACCCAGCCGGUGGAGCUGCUGCUGGUGCUGUGGACCCGGACGUUGGAGCUCCUACUGGUACUGGUGCUGCUUUGCCCCGUCUCGUGUCCUUGCUAGUUGCCCCUGAGGGAGACCCGGAUGCACCAGACAUCCCGACCCCGCGCACUUACGCUGAGGCGAUGGCGGGUCCCUACUCCUCUCAGUGGCAGACAGCCAUGGACGCCGAGAUGGCUUCCUGGAAGUCCACACGCACCUACGUUGACGAGGUUCCCCCUCCUGGGGCGAACAUCGUCAGUGGCAUGUGGAUUUUCAGGGUGAAGCGGCCGCCGGGUUCUCCGCUUGUCUUCAAGGCGCGUUACGUGGCUCGAGGCUUCAGUCAGCGAGAGGGAGUUGACUUCUUCCAGACCUUCUCCCCCACCCCGAAUAUGACCACUCUUCGGGUGCUGCUGCACAUAGCCGCUCACCGCGACUACGAGCUUCACUCACUUGACUUCAGCACUGCUUUCUUGCAGGGCAGCCUGCACGAGGAGAUCUGGCUGCGCCGCCCACCUGGCUUCACUGGGUCGUUUCCUCCUGGUACCCAGUGGAGGCUUCAGCGGCCGGUCUACGGUCUCCGCCAGGCUCCGCGUGAGUGGCACGACACACUGAGGACUACACUUGCGGCUCUUGGGUUCGCGCCUUCUACAGCUGACCCGUCGCUGUUCCUGCGCACCGACACUUCGCUGCCGCCGUUCUACAUCCUCGUGUACGUCGACGACUUGGUCUUUGCCACUGCUGACACUGCAGGACUCGCCUACGUGAAGUCGGAGCUGCAGAGGAGACACACGUGCACAGACCUGGAGCCGAGUGGCCCGUAUCCAGAGCUUGUGGGCUGCCUCAUGUACCUGAUGACCUGCACUCGACCUGACCUUGCAUACCCUCUUAGCAUCCUUGCACGCUAUGUCGCUCCUGGCCGUCACAGGAAGGAGCACAUGGAUGCCGCUAAGAGGGUGUUGCGCUACUUGUGCAGUACGUCGGGCAUGGGGCUUGUGCUUGGAGGGCGAGACCGAGUUGUUCUCACAGGGCACUCAGACGCUUCUUGGGCAGACGACCAGGCCACUCAGCGGUCGUCUCAGGGUUACACCUUCAGCCUUGGCUCUGGCUCAGUUUCUUGGCGCUCUACACGCUCUUCUUCUGUUCUCGGCUCCAGUUGCGAGGCUGAGAUCUACGCUACAGCCAUGGCUGCCCAGGAGCUACGCUGGCUGACCUACCUGCUGACCGACCUCGGAGAGCGGCCUCGUUCUCCUCCAGUACUGUACGUCGACAACAAGGCUGCCAUUGCCUUGUGUGAGGAGCACAGACUGGAGCACAGAACGAAGCACAUCGCCCUGCGGUACUUCCUUGCUCGAGAGCUGCAGCAGCGCGGUCAGCUUUGUAUUCGCUACGUGGCCACUGAGGCCAACACUGCUGAUGUGUUCACCAAGGCGCUUCAGCCUCGUGACCAUCAGCGCUUCUGCACUCUACUAGGCCUUGUGCCUACUGGACCUCACUUGCUUACCUCUUGA